UAUGCAGCGCUCAGCCAUUGCUGGAGUGAUUCUGCAACGGUACCGCAGACCACCAGGGAAACGAUAGAUGAGCAUCUAGACGCUAUACCAUGGAAAACACUUUCUAAAACAUUCCAGCACGCGGUGGUCAUUACAAGGCGACUUGGCAUUCGGUACGUGUGGAUCGAUUCCCUCUACAUCAUUCAGAAAAACAAGGGGGAUUUUGAGCACGAGUGUUCAAUGAUGCAUUUCAUUUACGCUAGAUCUUUCAUCACCAUCUGCGCGUCGGACUCCGAGGAUGGGUCUGGUGGGGUUUUCCAACCUAGACAUGACACUACACCGUAUGAGUACGCAUUUGAUAAGAUUGGCUGUGCGAAGAAGUGGUCCCAAGCAUUAUCAGGGCCAUUGAGUACUCGAGGGUGGGCUUUUCAGGAGCGCCAUCUCUCCCCUAGGGUCAUCCAUUACACAACGCACCAAAUUUUAUGGGAGUGUAGGACAUGCAUUGCUGCAGAAGACAAGCCCGGGUUUCAGCAUCGCUUGUUUACAAGGAAGCCGAACAUUAACAGCGCUUGGCAAUGGAGGAUAGCUGAUGGAACAUUAGAGAAUGUUGCUUUCUCCCCCCGAGGCCCCUCAAAUUACACCAUUGACAUUAAAUCUUGGUACCACAGGUGGCUGCAAGCUGUCCAGAACUACUCAGGAAAGACGCUAUCUUACAAGACUGAUAAAUUACCAGCAAUAUCUGGUCUGGCUGGGUUCUUUCAAGCUCAAAUUCCGGAUGAACACUACCUUGCUGGAAUAUGGAGAGGAGAUCUGAUAAGAGGUCUCUGCUGGUCUCCUGUCAAUGCUGUCGACGCACCAUGGCCGCCUGCCAUUGUCGACUCAAUACCUUCAUGGUCAUGGGCAUCAUUCAACGGGCCAGUCGCAUUUCCAAAUCUAGAAACCAUCUUAUCUGAUCCCAAAACUUAUGUUUGUGUGGUGGAUGAGGCUGAAACGUCCCAGCACGGAAUAUAUCCUUUCGGAAGAGUGACAAGGGGGUCAAUAAUCAUCCGG